AUGGCUUCCAAUUCUCUUUAUGAUAUGCUUGUAAAUGACUCUGACUUCUCUGAAUCUGAUGAUGAUUUGGAGAUGCUCAAAGCUGUUACUAUGGAUGAAGAACUACUAGAUAGUGAGAUAGAAUCAAGCUCAUGUCGUGGUUCUGUUCGAGGUCGUAAAGUCAUUCAUCGUGAUCAUAUUGAAGGUCAUGAAAGGUUUUUUCUCGACUAUUUUGCUGAAUUGCCUGUAUAUCCUCCUGAGCUAUUUCGAAGGAGGUUUCGGAUGAAGCGUUCACUUUUUCUUCGAAUUCAAGCUGCAGUAGAAGCGCACGAUCCAUACUUUCUCCAAAAAAGAAAUUGUGCUGGAAAGCUUGUUGUUGAUAUUUUUUCUAAUGAGUAUUUGAGGUCACCAAACAGUAAUGACAUCGCUAAACUACUAGCGGUUGGUGAAAGUCGUGGAUUUCCUGGAAUGCUGGAGAGCAUUGAUUGUAUGCAUUGGAAAUGGAAAAACUGUCCGACUGCGUUGAAAUGUAUGUAUACUAGUCACAUUCAUGAACCAACAAUUAUUUUGGAAGCUGUUGCAUCAUAUGAUCUUUGGAUUUGGCAUGCAUUUUUUGGAUUACCUGGGUCUCAUAAUGAUAUCAACGUGCUAGAAAGGUCUUUUGUAUUUACCGAACUUGCUCAAAGGCGUGCUCCUGCAGUCAAUUACACCAUCAAUGGCAAUGAACAUACAAUGGGAUAA